AUGGGACGAAAGCCCACUCCGCAGCCACUCAUGCUGCCAGACUCGACCAGUGCCGGCCUCACCCGCGACAAACUUACUCCCGCCGAGUCUCCUGCCGCGCAAGCACAGGGCUUGUCCUCAAACGACGCUCUAUCCGCCGUUGAUCAGCGCUCUCUGCCAGCCAAUCGCCCAUACACCGCACGCUCACCUCUCCCGCCCCCCGACCAGGACUACGACCGCCGCCAGCAUCGCGACGACUACCCCCUCCCGCACACUUCUCACGCAAACCUCGAUUCUCUCUCCGGCGCACCCCAGCCGUCCUCCCGCCAACCACAGCCCCAUUCAGAGGGCAGGAAGGCCUCGCGAAGCGGCUUCUUUCACUUCAGCAAAGGGUCUCGAGUUGCCACCCAGCCGUUGCCUGCAACACAACCCUUUGCAGACAAACUACAAGAGCACGCUGCCUCAAGGAGCGGCGAACAUCUUGCGACCGAUUAUUCAGGAGGCUCAAUCUACGGACAGGACGAUCUGCAGCGCCCGAACUUGCCUUUCUCUUCUCAGUCACAAAUAUCACUCUCAUCCGCCGGUGACACCGAUAGCGCCCCAACGGCUAGCGGCAAGCCACGCAAAUCAAAACCGUUUGGCCUCCUGGGACGCUCCAAAUCAAACCGCGACAAGGACCGCCCCAGUUCCAAGCCAGCGCCUGCUACCCUCCCGAAUACACCGAGCAUUCCCAUUGCGUACGACAAUUCUGCACCUCUGCGGACUGCACCGGUGGCUCAGGACCGCGCUUUUCGGGAAAUGAUGAAUUCGAGCAUCCGAAACCGUUCGGAAGACCGUGCUCCCGCUAGGAACGGCGGUGCCAGCCGCGAAAACCUCCGCGACCGCGAACGCGACAAUAAUCACAAAAUGCACUCUUCUUCGUACAAGGAAAACGGGGGCUCAACUUUUCUGAGCGGCUUGCGUAGCUCUCGGGCCGCCGAUAUCUUCAGUAAAGGCUUAUUCGGCAAGAACACAAGAAGCGGCAGCACAACAGAAAAGGAACCCGUGAUUGAUGACGAACAUUAUGCGUUAAAAGUCCUCAACCUUCCUUUGAUUGAACAGGCACGCCUCACUCGCAUCUCAAAACGGCUCGAGCACUCGCGCGACAAAACAGAAUUCUGGAUGCCUGCCUUCCCCUGGCGCGCCAUCGACUACCUAAACUACAAAGGCUGCGAUGUUGAAGGCCUGUAUCGCGUGCCAGGUAGUGGGCCGCAGAUCAAAAAAUGGCAGCGCCGUUUCGACGAACAAUACGAUGUCAAUCUAUUCGAAGUUGAUGAUCUGUACGAUAUCAACAUUGUUGGCUCGAUGCUAAAGGCAUGGUUACGAGAGCUGCCAGAUGAGCUGUUCCCCAAAGCAUCGCAGGACCGCAUUGCAAGAGAAUGCGCUGGCUCGGAAGAGGUCCCGCAGCUGCUUAUCGACGAACUCGCCGAAUUGUCGCCCUUUAACUAUUAUCUGCUCUUCGCCAUCACGUGCCACCUCAGCCUUUUGCUUGCCCACUCGGAUAAGAACAAGAUGGACUUUCGCAACUUGUGCAUCUGUUUCCAGCCCUGCAUGAAGAUUGACGCUUUCUGCUUCAAGUUUCUGGUCUGCGACUGGAGGAACUGCUGGAAGGGAUGCAAGAACGAGGCUAAAUAUAUCGAAGAAGAGUACAAGCUAUUUGACCAGCCGCCACCCAGAGGUCUCGCCGAGGCGGCGCAUCUGGCCAGCAACGCCGACGAGCCGCGAACUGUUUCCCCGGCCGAUAACGACCAAGACGGCAAAGACGAGUUUCACGAUGCUCUCGCUACCAGCGGACUAUCCAACGACAACGAUUCGAUAAGCGAAAGAAAUAGUGGUCCCGAAACACGGCCAAAGACGGCCGACAUGCGGCCGCUGUCGCCAAUCAAACCACUGUCCCCAUUGGGAUUCUGA